AUGACUACAGUAGGCAAAACAAAGGGAAGACGAAGGAGAGGACGUAAGGAGAAGCCGUGGUGUGAUCAAGAGAUACUGGACGCGAUUCGUGAGAGGAAGAAGCUAUGCCGCGCACUGCGGAAAGCAGUCAAGAACAAGACAGAGUGCAAAGAGGAGAAAGCGGCCUACGAAAUCCAACAGAUGAAAACCAAAAGACUAAUAAGCCAGAAAUUAGAGCAAUACUACAGAAGGAUAGAAGAGGAGGUACGCGAGUCGGGACGGCAAAAUGGCCAAAAGUUCUGGAAGUAUAUUGAAAGUAUGACUACGCCAAAGAAAGCAAAGACGUCUGAAAUCGCACUGCGCGAUAAUCAAGGAGGGAACAGAGAAAAACUAAUACGGAAAGAUGACAUCGAGAAACAUAUGACGCGAUAUUUUAAUCAACAACAAGAAGAAUUACGGAAACGAACGUGCGCAUCAAAGCCUUGCACCCUUAAACCCCACGAAAACAAGCUGUCCCACAGUGAACAAGAAGAUAUUCUAAGAGCGAUAGAAGAGGAGGAACUUACAAAACAUCUAAACAAACUCAAGAAAGGCAAAGCAACAGGUCCAGAUGGAAUACCAAACGAAUUCCUAAAAGUACUAGGGCCUCGCAGCAAAGAAAAUCUAAGAAGAAUCUUCAAUAAUAUACUAGAGAGCAAAGAAAUUCCUGAAGAAUGGAACCACAGCUCGGUUAGAUUGUUAUAUAAAGACCAGGGUAAACCAAAAGAUGACCUUAAGUCAUAUAGACCCAUAACUCUACAAAGCAACAUCGCGAAAUUAUUUUCCACCAUCAUCAACGACAGGAUAACAAAGACAUAUGACCAGCAUCUGACCGAAGCACAGAACGGCUUCCGAGAAGACAGAAGCGGCAGUGACAACCUCUUUAUAAUCACUCAACUGAUAGAACUGAGUUUACAAUCAGGACAAGAACUAUACGUGGCUUUCCUCGAUCUGGAAAAGGCUUACGACGCCGUACCGCAUGAAGUACGCACAAAAUAUGUACUCAAACUGCUAUAG